AUGGGUUUAAAGGAAAAAGGCGAGAUCGAGUAUGAUAUGUUUGGUAUGAGUGUGGUCGUGGAACUUCAAUCAAAAAUGCAAAAAGAGGUUACCUCGUUGGCUAGGCUGUCCAGCGGUUCGCAGUUGCCUUUCAGGUAUCCUGGCGGCAUGAGGUCAUCGGGCUGUCUUCUGCUCCUUUUCGGAUUUCAGCUCUACUUCCUUUCGUGGCCAAUGGCGGUGGAGGGAAACGACUUUUCCUCAUUUCUGAGCGCCAAUGCUUCUCUGGCUGUUGUGGUGGACCAUGAGUACAUGACCAGGCACGGCCAGAAUAUUAUGGCCCAUUUCGAGAAAAUCUUAAGCGACAUCAUACGGGAGAACCUGAAGAACGGCGGCAUCAAUGUACGAUACUUUCGCUGGAACGCGGUGCGGUUAAAAAAGGAUUUUCUGGCUGCUAUUACGGUGACGGACUGUGCGAACACCUGGAACUUCUACAGGAGCACUCAGGAGACCUCAGUGCUGUUGAUCGCCAUCACAGACUCCGACUGUCCCCGUUUGCCGUUGAAUAAAGCUUUGAUGGCUCCCAUGGUUGAGCAUGGCGAUGAAUUACCCCAGAUCGUACUCGAUGCCAAGGUCCAACAGAUUCUCAAUUGGAAGACGGCAGUAGUUCUGGUAGACCAAAACAUAUUGGAUAAUAACUCCGAGCUGGUCAAGGCCAUAGUGCACGAGAGCACCACAAAUCACAUUGCGCCGAUAUCAUUGAUUCUCUACAAGAUUGACGACUCCCUUCGAGGACAGAAGAAACGGGCUGCCCUGCGACAUGCGCUCUCCCAUUUUUCUCCAAUCAAUCACGAGCAGAAGAAUCAACAGUUCCUUGUUUUGUCCAAAUUUCAUGACGAUAUCAUAGAGAUUGGCGAGACGAUGAAUAUGUUUCAUGUGGGCAAUCAGUGGAUGUUCUUUGUGUUCGAGACGAUGCGGCAAGACUUUGAUGCCAGCACGGUGACCAUCAACCUGGCGGAGGGAGCAAACAUAGCCUUUGCUCUGAAUGAAACGAAUACCGAUUGCAUGGACACGCUGAACUGUACGAUAUCCGAGAUAAGUAUGGCUCUGGUGACGGCCAUUUCCAAGAUGACGGUCGACGAGCAGUCCAUAUACGGUGAGAUCUCCGAUGAGGAGUGGGAGUCCAUACGCUUCACCAAGCAGGAAAAGCAGUAUGAGAUUCUAAUGUACAUGAAGGAAUACCUUAAGACCAACAGCAAGUGUGCCAGCUGUGCCAAGUGGAGAUUUGAGACAGCCAUCACCUGGGGCAAGAGCCAACAGAAUCGGCAAUUUCGAACGGCUCCCACCAGGGAUGCCAGGAACCAAAACUUUGAGUUUGUCGAUAUUGGCUACUGGAGUCCCUUGCUGGGAUUCGUUUGCCAGGAGCUAACAUUCCCACACAUCGCGCAGCACUUCCGUAAUAUCACCAUGGACAUUGUGACGAUGCAUAAUCCUCCCUGGCAAAUACUGACCAAGAACAGCCACGGAGUCAUUGUCGAGCACAAGGGCAUUACCUUGGAGAUACUGAAGGAGCUGAGUCGGGCCCUAAACUUUAGCUAUUACCUGCACGAGGCAAAAACCUAUGACGAUGAGUUUCCCCUCAAUCAGAGCACCAACGAGAGCGACGAACUGUUGGGUUCAAUGACCUACGGCAUACCCUAUCGCGUGGUGGAGAUGGUUCAGGGCAAUCAGUUCUUCAUGGCCGCAGUUGCGGCCACCGUAGAGGAUCCCGAUAAGAAAGCGUUCAAUUACACCCAGCCAGUGAGCGUCCAGAAGUACUCCUUCAUCACCCGUCAGCCGGAUGAGGUGUCUCGCAUCUAUCUUUUCACGGCUCCGUUUACCACAGAGACCUGGGGAUGCCUGGUGGGCAUCAUCUUUCUGACGGCCCCCAUGCUGUAUGCCAUCAAUCGCCUUGCGCCGCUACAAGAGCUCCAAAUCCACGGGCUAUCAUCGGUCAAGAGCUGCUUUUGGUACAUCUUUGGGGCGCUGCUGCAACAGGGUGGCAUGUACCUGCCCAGAGCAGACAGCGGACGACUGGUGGUGGGCUUCUGGUGGAUCGUGGUGAUUGUGCUGGUGACCACGUACUGCGGAAACCUAGUGGCUUUCCUCACGUUUCCCAAGUUCCAGCCGGGCGUUGACUAUCUGAACCAGCUGCAUCGCCACACGGAAAUCUCCCAAUAUGGCCUGCGAAACGGAACCUUUUUUGAAAAGUAUGUGCAAAGAACGACGCGCGAUGACUUCAAACAGUAUGUGGCCAAGGCGAUUAUAUACAACAAUGGCCAGGGCGAGGAUAUUGAGGCGGUGAAGGAUGGACAGCGCAUCAACAUCGAUUGGCGCAUCAAUCUGCAGCUGGUUGUGCAGCAGCACUUUGAGCGCGACAAGGAGUGCCGGUUUGCCCUGGGCAAGGAGAGCUUUGUCGACGAGCAGAUUGCCUUGAUUGUGCCCUCGCAGAGCGCCUACUUGCAUUUGAUCAACCAGCACAUAGAUAGAAUGUUUCGCAUGGGUUUCAUCGAGCGCUGGCACAGGACCAAUCUGCCCAGCGCGGACAAGUGCAAUGGCAAAAGCAUCCUCAGACAGAUCACUAAUCACAAGGUAAACAUGGAUGACAUGCAGGGAUGCUUUCUGGUGCUGCUGCUUGGCUUCAUUCUGGCUGUAUUCGUUGGCUGCAUCGAGUACUGGUUCUAUCGCCUCUACGUCCAAAGCGACAGUCGCAAGCCGACCGUUUUCACCAAUUGA